CAGUUAUUGCAGAUAAUCCAUUUUUGUGGUUGGUGCUUAUGGAUGAAGCAAUGAACAGUGAAAAAUCCACCAAAAACAAAGAGGGUGUUAAUGAGACUCCCAAUGUGAUUGGUGAAUUUGAAACUAAAGAAUGUGAUAAAACAUUUUUUGAAGACAUUUCCAUGCCAUAUACAUAUAGGCCUCUCAAGAAGAUUUGUAGCCCUCAAAACCAAAACAAAAAUCAACCUCCUUCAUCUAAAAUAAUAUUUCCUUUUGCUUUUGAAGGUUCUUCUCAACAUCCAAUUUCAUUCCAACACCAAUCAACAACAACCACAACCACAAAUUUGCUUCCUUUUUCUCCACCUCUUCACCCAACAACACAACAUAUCAUACCUUUUGACCAUAAACAGAACACAUUUUCAGACCCAAAUAAGCUUUUGAGGUCCAAAACACAGCCUUUGAAUGCUACAAAACUCUAUAGAGGAGUAAGACAACGCCAUUGGGGAAAAUGGGUCGCUGAGAUUCGUCUCCCUCGAAAUAGGACUCGUCUUUGGCUCGGAACAUUUGAUACAGCUGAAGACGCUGCUAUGGCAUACGACCGCGAAGCUUUUAAGUUUAGAGGAGAAAAUGCUAAGCUCAAUUUCCCUGAACUCUUCCUUAACAAAGAUAAACCAACAUCAUCAUCAUCAUCCACAAUAGUUCAAAUUUCAAGUGCUUCUUUACCACAUGAAGGAUCAAGUUCAAUAUCAUGCCAGAACACAAACCAACCUAAAUUGGUUUCAGAAGAACAUAGCAUGCAGAUUCUAAAUGUUUCUGAAACUGGUGAAAGCAUAUCAAAGCCUAAGGAAUUGGUUUUGGAAGAAAUGGAAGAUUGGUUCAAUGCAAUUCCUGCAGGUUGGGGUCCAAGUAGCCCUUUGUGGGAUGAUUUGGAUCCUUGUUUGAAUCCAAACAAGAAGCAAUUUCAUGUUAUUGGUGAUGAAACUAAGAGACAACAAGAAGAUAACAUAGGACAAGGUUCUUCUUUUAACAGUAUUGUCCCUUGAAAGGCCCUUUUCUUGAAAUUCUAUUUGGAAAGGGUAAAAUAAAAGCUACUAGUGCAUUCAACCUUAAUCCUUCUCUAUAGGUUAGAAGUUCCUGAAUAUCUUGUUUCUUCAUUAUACUUGUUUCCUUCUACUUUUAUUAACCUUCUACAUCAAAUAUUAGCAUAAUUUUUUUCACUAAAAAUUUGUGGCGUUAUAUUUGUUAGUUGUUAUCCCUAAUAUUUGUUUUGAUAAAUAGAACAAUAUAGGAAAAAUACAUCUCUAGGUAAUUUAUGUAUUAUGAAAAUAACAGUUUAGAAUGUUUUUCUUUGUAACACAUAGGUCUUUUUAAGUGAAACUUAGUUUUUGCUAUCCUUUAAGUUUUUAUUUUCUCGAUUUAGUACUUUAAGUUA